GCGAACUUCUAAUAUGGCUGCGCCCAUGGGAAGUAAGGUUGCAAUGUAGUUGCCGCGUCUCGGUGUCUUUUUGAGCACGCAUGGAUCGAGGGGACUUCUUGGUCUCCCUUUCGGCUGGUGGGCUAGCUGGCGUGUGCGUUGACCUGACAUUAUUUCCUUUGGAUACAGUCAAAACUAGACUGCAGAGUCCUCAAGGAUUUAAGAAGGCUGGCGGCUUCCGUGGUAUCUAUGCUGGUGUUCCUUCUGCUGCUGUAGGAUCUUUCCCAAAUGCUGCUGCCUUUUUUGCCACUUAUGAAUAUACGAAAGCUGUCCUCCACACAGAUGCAUCUCCAUAUUUAGCUCCAAUAAUUCACAUGUUGGCUGCCUCUUUUGGAGAAGUAGUUGCUUGUCUAAUACGAGUUCCAGCUGAAGUUGUGAAACAAAGAGCACAAGUGUCUCCGUCUUCCAGCACCUUAUGGAUCCUUUCUAGAACCAUCUAUGAAGAGGGUAUCCUAGGACUCUACCGAGGUUAUAAAAGCACAGUAUUAAGAGAGAUUCCUUUCUCUCUCGUACAGUUUCCUGUAUGGGAAUCCUUAAAGGAACUCUGGUCAUGGAAGCAAGGACACGUGGUUGAUUCUUGGCAGUCGGCAGUCUGCGGAGCAUUUGCAGGUGGAUUUGCAGCUGCAGUCACCACCCCUCUGGAUGUAGCCAAGACAAGAAUUAUGCUGGCAAAGACUGGCUCCAGAAAUGCAAGUGGGAAUGUGAUGUCAGCUCUUCAAGGUGUAUGGAGAACCCAAGGGGUAUCUGGCUUGUUUGCCGGCAUCGUCCCUCGAAUCUCUUCCAUCAGCCUUGGAGGCUUUAUCUUUCUUGGGAUGUAUGACAAGAUCCGAAGCUUGCUUUUGUGAUUUUGGACAAAACGAACAGCUGUGGAGCUGCUUCCCCCCUCCCUCCCUAAAUCUAAGAGAAAACACACAUUGGUGGAAGUUCCUCCUUUGCCUUCCCACAUGUUUCUGCUCUCCCCCCCCCCCGCCCAUUCCCCCCUUCCCCCUCUCCCCACCAUUCCUGCCUCCUGUAGCUCAGCAGCUGUUCAGCAGCCUGGACCUCAUGCUCCCUGGUUAAACAGGACAAAGAAACCCCGUAACUCCAUUUCCCUAACAAAAAUGUCCAUGUAUGGAGAGUCCUGUUCUAGUGGUGAGCUCAUGGAGAAGAGUGUGCCAAGAAAGGCAAGCUUGGGGGCCAAAACUUGUUUAGGGGCUCCAGCCUAGGGCCUGAAAAGCGUUAUUAUUCGAAGUCACUUUAGGGAGCAUGAUGUGCAAAUGACAACUUGGUCUCCAUGGCAUAGCAGCCACAAAAAGAGGCCUUUCUUUAUAUUGUGGCAUCAGAAUGGCCACAUAGAAGAAAACAGCACCAUUUACAUGACUGAAGACUCGCUACGCUCCAGAGGGCAGAUGGAAGAGGCAACCAGUUUUUUCUUCUUCUAAAAUGUAUAGAAGGGAAAAAGCCAUUUGUUUCUUGCUUGAAACCCAUUUGGAGAAUUUAGACCACUGUUCAUACCUACAGGUGCAUAGCAAGCAUUCUUGCUUGGAUAAGCAAGACUGCCUUUUUUAAUUAGACUCAAAUUUCUUUAGGAAAAGUACAAUGUUGUAUUAUUUUGCUGUCUAACAAUGUUGCCUGUGAAAAAGA